AUUUAUUAUUCAAUAACUUUAUUGCAUUCUCCUCCAGGUUGUGACAUUCACUCUGGGUGGAGAAUGGAGAACCACACCUACCCUAAGAACAUGUUCCUCCUGGAGGGGUUAAAGGUCACUCAACAGUCCUCCUACCCUGCCUUCAUCCUUCUCCUCAUCAUCUACAUCUUCACGAUGGUGUCCAACAUCGGCCUCAUACUACUGAUCUCCAUGGAGAGGAGCCUGCACCAGCCCAUGUACAUCCUCUUCUGCAACCUACCUCUCAAUGACGCUCUUGGAGCCACGGUUAUCGUCCCUCGUUUGCUGAGUGACAUAUUUGUGGCAAGCCCAGACCGCUACAUUAAUGACGUUGCGUGUGCCAUCCAAGCAUUUUGUGCCCACAUUUUUGGCACAACAUCACAUACAAUACUGAUUAUCAUGGCCUUUGAUAGAUAUGUGGCCAUCUGCAACCCCCUGCGAUACGCCACCAUCAUGACCAACAGGAUGAUCGCAAAACUGACUGUUUUUGCCUGGGGGUCUGCCUUUCUGCUUGUGGGGGUCCUCCUGGGCCUCACACUCAGCCUGUCACGAUGCAGAUCUGAAAUCUUCAACCCCUUCUGUGACAAUGCCUCGUUAUUCAAGCUCUCCUGUGAAAGUGUUAUUAUUAACAAUAUCUAUGGACUCACUUUUACCAUCCUACUCCUGGGGUCCUCCAUAGGGAGUGUGACACUAACAUACCUUAAGAUAGCUAUGGUGUGUGUGAGAAACAAAAACAGGGUUCUGAAUAGCAGGGCCUUGCAGACCUGCUCCACACACCUGUCUGUGUACAUCAUCAUGCUGGUGUCCGGUUUCAUCAUCAUCUUUCUCCAUCGCUUCCCUCAGUGGGCCGACCACAGGAAACUGUCAGCCAUUUUGUUUAAUGUGGUUCCUCCUUGGCUCAAUCCUGUUAUCUACGGUUUGCAGACCAAAGAGAUCAGACAGAAAAUCUUCAACAAGUUUCAUAAUAAUAAAGUGACUGUAUGACGAAUGGUUGUAGGAAUAAUAAUAUGUAUGAAUUCUUGUUCUGAUAUCGCUCUCUCUCUCUCUCUCUCUCUCUCUCUCUC